CAUUACAGUUGUGAGCCUCGCAUCGUGCGCAUCGUGUUUUCCGAUUCGUGUGAAAAAAAAAAUUGUUGAGUAAAAAAACCCUCAAUUGCAACUAUGAGCGAGACGAGUAUUUAUCGUAAUUCAAAUCAAUUAAAUAGUUCGUCUAUUUAGUGAAAAUGUGUGUAAAUAUCAGUGUGCGACAAUCAAUAAUUUUUAGUUUUUAAAGUCACGAAAAAAAAAAUUCUUUUUUUUUUCUCUCAAAAUUUGUUGAAUUUUUCAAAAUUCGGUCAUUAAUUAAAUUCAUCGUCGUCGUGUGAAAGCGAACCGAGCAGUCACAAGGGAAUUUUCUUUACACGGAAGGAAAUUCUCGGCAAAAUUUUAAUUAUUCAAAAAAAGGAGUAAAAAAAUUUUUCGACAAGGAAAAAAUAUUUUUUCAACAACACACACACACAAUUAACCUCUUUUCUUCUAAAUAAAAUUUUCCCCGCAUUACCUUUACACGUCGUCGUCGUUGUCGUCGUCGAACUAAAAAUAUUCUGAGAGGAGUGUGUGUCUAAUCGCAUUUGUUAUUAUUAAUAACUUUGUCGAAAAAAAAAAUCGUCGGUUAUCGCAAAAGCAAGCAUCUUAUCAAACCGAAGGACGAACAAGAAACAAAAAUCAAACACAGUCCAGAAGGAAUGCUGGACGUCCCUAAAACGACAAACAUGGUGAAUGAAGAUGAUGUUGCAAAGGGGGUCCAAAACCCCGUUGUUUACCGUUUGGUUUUGACUGGAGGUCCAUGUGGUGGCAAGACGACUGGUCAGGCGCGUCUUUGUACGUUUUUCGAGAAUCUUGGAUGGAAGGUAUUUCGUGUACCUGAGACAGCAACCGUUCUCUUGAGCGGUGGCAUCAAAUUCUCCGACUUGACCGAAGAAGAAUCUGCCAAAAAACGUAGCCAAAGUACAAAGAGCCUCGCAAAAGACAUCAAAAAUGGGGUGCCCGAUCACGGUAGCGAAGACCAAACAGCAUCUUGUCCGCGAUGUUUGACGGCUUCCGUCAAAGCAAACAAGCCGACCAAAGCUGAGGCUUACAAGUUCCAGGAGAAUUUAAUUCACACAAUGAUCCAGAUUGAGAACACGUACUUCGAGUUGGGACGCACUUGCAAGCGGAAUUGUUUGAUUAUUUGCGAUCGUGGUGUCAUGGAUGCCAGUGCAUACAUUUCCAAAGAGAAAUGGGAAAAAAUGAUGUCCAGCAACAAAUGGAACACCAUUGACCUGCGUGAUAAUCGUUACAAUCAAAUUGUGCACAUGGUAUCUGCUGCAAAUGGUGCCGAGGAGUUUUAUUCGACGGAGGACCACGCAUGUCGCUCGGAAGGCGUAGUUUUGGCACGUGAACUCGACUACAAAUCAGCUGCUGCUUGGGUUGGUCACCCGUACUUCGAUGUCAUGGAUAAUUCAACAGAUUUUGAGCAUAAGAUGAAUCGCAUGAUUGAGUGUGUUUGCCAAAAAUUGGGUAUUGAUACGGGAGAUCGGCUUAAAACCACUUCGCGUAAACUCAAAUUUCUCGUUGCUGGACCAUUACCGUCUGACGCAGAAUUUCCGCCUUUCCAAGACUUCGAGGUGGUUCACAAUUAUUUGCAGUCAGCUGGCAUGAAGGCGCAAGCCAGAUUGCGUAAACGCGGUCAAAAUGGGCACUACAGCUACAUUCACACGUUGCGUCGACCCCAUUUGCACGGGCAAUCGAUCGAGGUGAAGACACAAUUGACGCAUCGUGAUUAUCUGAAUAUUUUGAGUCAGCGUGACGAUGCCCACUUUACAAUUUUCAAGAAGCGUCGUUGUUUCCUCGUGAACAAUCAAUACUUUCAACUUGAUAUCUAUCAGGAGCCGAGUCAUCCGAGAUGCAAGGGACUGAUGCUUUUGGAGACCUACACCUCGUUGGAUGGCGACGCCUUGAACAAUAGCUUGCCAAAGUUCUUGAACAUUGUCAAAGAAGUUACCGGUUGCCCCGAUUAUUCAAUGUAUAACUUGUCGCUCAAGGAAGACUGGAGCAAUACGAAGAAAUUCUGCUAUUCGUUGCAUGACCACUUUGGGGACAAAACCACUGAUAUCAUCACUGAUCUGAAGCAGAAGCAUCAGAACGGUCACUCCAAAAAAUAUGUGAAUGGUAAAGCUUAACUUUUUUUGUUGUUUAAUUGAUCGCAUCCUGCAGUUUUAUUAUUUUUAAUUUUUUUUUUCAAUAAAUUUUAUUAUUAUUUUUGAUUAUGUAUAAAUAAUAUUGUUAAUAUUGUGAGCGAGCACGAAAAAAUUAAUAAUUUAAAAAUAAAAUAUUAAUAUUUACGUGCUCGCUUAGUUAUCAUCACUAUUAUUAUUAAUAAUAAACAUAAGAAUCAAUUAUAUAUAUUUAUAUAUAAAAAAAUAAAUUAAAAAAUUGCUUAAAUAUUGCACAUUUUUAGCUUUCG